AUGGCACCACCAAGCUUCUAUUCACACCUCCUUCUCGUGAUUUGCGCCGCCGUCUUGUUAACACUAACGAUUUCACCGCCGACAGUACACGCCGGAGGAAUCAACCUCGGAAUGGAAUGGGUUCGCCAAACCAAAACAACCUGCCAAGGCACCAUCGCCGACUGCAUGUUGCAACAAGGUGAAGAAGAGUUUCAGUUCGAUAACGAGAUCAACAGGCGUAUUUUAGCAACAACGAAGUACAUCAGCUAUGGUGCGCUUCAGAGGAACACUGUACCAUGCUCUCGCCGCGGCGCUUCUUACUAUAACUGCCGUCCCGGCGCUCAGGCCAACCCUUACAGCCGUGGAUGCAGCGCUAUCACGAGGUGCCGGAGUUAA